AUUUUUUUGCAGGAUUCAACGCUACCAACGAAAUGAAGCUCUUACUGCUCUUACUGCUCCUAGUAUCUCUGGCAAUGUGUGGCUUGGUGUUGUCAGUGCCAAAGCAGGCAAACCGAAAGACCAAAAGGCGAGGUUCUAAAAAGUGGAAGUACAUAUGCAGCACGUCAGAAGAUAAAGACGGGCUAGAAAAGAAGUUUUGCGAAAAGGUCGACUGGUACAAGUACAAGGGUGGCUACAAGACUUUAGCAAUCUGCCAAGAGCGGUGCUUAGGCUACCUACAAUUCUAAAAAUUUGUCUCAAGCAGAAAAAUAAAAAAAACUGGCACAGUACUUUCUAAAGCUUUUGUAAGAG